CAGUUUGUGGCUUCUUCAUUAUCACAAAUUCCAAGGUUUUUUAGAGGGAGAGCCUUGCUACUUCACAAAAAUGUCUAAGCAGCAUAUCGCUUUGUUUUUCACAGCAUACGAAGCAGUCUAUGUAGAUGCUCUCUAACAAGAAAUACAAUUUGUAGUAAAACUAUCGUUUGCUCAAGCUUCAUGUUACAGCAGUUGCGAGCCAAAAAUUACUUGAGCUUUACCUUUCCUUUAAAUCCUUUCAUAAGUUUCAUAUACUGCUCUUAUCGAACAUCAAAAUGGCGUCACCUUAAUUUGUGAUUAGAUAUUGUGUAGUGUGUUAGUGUUGCUGUUCUAGGAUCCAGCAAUUCGGUGUGAUCAAACGUUAUGUAGCAUGAAAAACCAGUCUGGUUAUCUCUUCUAUGGUGUCAAACAAGGGCGUUGCUUACACUACUUAUGACUGACUGAGUAGAGGUGUUGAGUGGUUAUCGACCAUCGGAUUCAAAAUGUACUGAUCUGAUAUUGUUAAGGCUGUUUGUUCUAAGUACCUAACAAUAUGUCUUAUAUUAGUCUUUGCGUAAUACAAUUGCGUUCACACAGAAUGGUGUAAGUUUCAUUUAUUACUAGGUCCAUCAUGGCCAUUUCUUGCCUUACCGUCUCUGCCUAUUUUAACUUGCAAAAUCACAAAAUUAAUUGGAAGACAAUUUGCUAAUCUACACAUUUAACCACUGUCCGUCUUCGAUUUUCACAGUUCAGUGGAGACUAGUUCUAACAAAAAGUGAUCUGAUUUCAGGUACAUCACUCAACUUGGUAAGUAAAUCACACAUCACUACUGUAUGUAGUGGAAUAACAUAUGGCACAGUAGUAGUAUUUCUUUAUUAUGUCUGUUAAAUGUCAGGUAAUUUAAAUUACCAUGUAAGUUAAGAUUACUCAUUAGUAUUUUGCAAAAGUAAAUCGCCAUGGUAAUUAUGGUAUUUUCUCAAACGAUAUACAACUCAUGAAGUCAACGUUUUCAUUUAUCUGCAUUUUGCAGGGGUUUUUCAUUUCAUGUUAGCAGCUACUUUUCGUCCGAUUUUACUGGCAAGUCGGUUUUCUUUUUACUCGUCGAUUAUCAGACCAAAGUCUCGUGAUUGUUUCUUGAAACUCAAUACACUUAACGUUUAUAAACACUUCGAAAAACUCCAUAUUAUACAACCAAAGGGGUGGUAUAUUAUUCCAUUAAUUAUAAAACGCAAUAUUAAAUUUUGCGUGUCUAACUGAUUCCAGUUAGAUCACAUGAAAUAGUUGUUUGAAUUUAUUAACUAAAUGCAAAGAACAUCAUUCAGUAUAACAGUCAAAAUAAAGUUAAAAAUCCAAUGAUAACGUAACUGCCUUAUCAAUUGGAAAUAAGUUUUUAUGUUACGAAAGCACCACUCAUGGCAAGUUUUAUUUUUAUUUAAACGCGGAUACUGGUACAAGGAAGCACCAAAUAUAUAUACGCCACACAUCAUUCGAUUCGUGUGAGGGCUGGGAUAUUUCUUAAAGUAGAAGGUCUAUAUUUUGUAUGAGCACGCGUUAGGAUAUGCACUGUUCCGAGUUAAAGUCAAAUCAUUAGAAACUUCAGAUGCCGUUGCUGCGUUACAACAGUUAGCUGCAGAUCUGUUAAACGAUGAAGAAGAGUUUAUGAAAUGUUUUAAACUGCACGCAUUUGUGCCUUUCUCCUCCUCAGCUAGUGCUCUACAAAAUUGUAAUGGAAUAUCAGAAGGUGUUGUUCCACAGGAACUUAAAACGUUCAUAGAGGAGAAUUUACCUGCUUCCGAUGUUUUGUUGUGCAUCUCAGACCGGAAACUUGCUGAAUCUCUUAAAGCGCCUGAAGUUGGAUUGCCUGAAACUAUUGCAUGUUCAUCUGAAUCCAUUCUUCACGAAGUCUUUCGGGCUCUCCGAUUUUACUUUCCUAAAUACAUCAAAGAAUUUUCGCAUUUCGAUGAAUCAAAAGCUCAAAUAGGUUUAGGUCAUAGUUACUCUAGAGCCAAAGUGAAAUUUAAUAUAUACAGGUUUGUUUAUUUUUAUCCUUUACUUAUCUGUUUGUUUAGAAACGACAAUAUGAUUAUUCAGUCCAUAAAUUUACUAGACCAAUUAGAUAAAGAUGUGAAUAACUUUUGCAUGCGUGUCAAAGAAUGGUUCUCUUAUCAUUUCCCAGAAUUGUCAAAAAUUGUUCCUGACAAUCCAACUUUUGUUAAAGUAAUCGGUCUUAUUCGUACCCGAGCUGGUGCAACAGAAGAAAAUCUUGAAGCAUUGGAGGCUUUAACUAAUAGUCAAGUUGCUUCAGAUAUCAUUGAAUCUGCUAAAUCAUCCGUUGGCUUUGAUAUUACGGAUGAUGAUGCUGAGAAUUUGGCAACAUUCACUGAAAAAAUUAAUGCGUUAAUUGAACGUAGAAGACUAACACAAGAGUAUUUAGCAAAGAAACUUGCUGGUGUUGCCCCAAACUUGAGCACAAUGAUUGGGGACAGAGUAAGUGCAAGGCUAAUUGCUCAUGCGGGAUCCCUUACGAACUUAGCUAAAUUCCCUGCCUCGACAAUUCAGAUAUUGGGGGCGGAAAAAGCGUUAUUCAGAGCAUUACGAACUCGUGGUGCUACACCAAAGUAUGGAUUGAUUUAUCAUAGUCAAUUUAUCACUCGUGCUGCGCGAGAAAAUAAGGGGAAGAUCUCUAGAUUUUUGGCUGCCAAAUGUGCUAUAGCCUCUCGAAUCGACUGCUUUAGUGAAGUGCUUUGUGAUAUCUAUGGAAAACAUUUGAAGCAACAAAUUGAGGAUAGACUGAAUUAUUUUGAGACUGGCACUACGCCCCCUACAAAUGCUGAAGCUAUGGCGCGCGCAAUUGCUGAGGUGAAUAAAUAUAUUCAACGAAUGAAGAAAAAAGCUAUCAAAACACUGAAUAAAAGAGAUUCAGAUAGUCAAGAAGAAGAAGAAGAAGCAGCUGUCACAACACUUGAAACACCUAUAUUAGACAGUAAAAAGAAACGUAAGAAAAAACGUAAUUUAAUAAAUGGGAACAUCACUACCACUACUACUGUUGUGGAUGGUGUUUCUAAUGAUCCGAAUGAAAUAGUGAAUCAUGAUGAAGGAGAAUUAGAUCAACAACAACAACAACAACAACAACAAACAACUGAAAUGAAUCAACAUCAACUGCUAAAUGAUGAUAAAGAAGAGAAAAGUACAACAAUGAAGAAAAAGAAAAAACGUCAUCAUUCAGAAUCGAUUGAUCUUGUUGAAAAUUCAAUGUUAACAAAUGGUGAUCAUAUUUGUGUAGAAACAAUAGAAACAUCAAUAUUAUCUAAACGUAAACGAUCCGCUUCUGAAUCCAGUAUGGUAUUAGAGGAUAUAAAAUCGGAUAGUUUAAAAAAGAAGAAAAGAAAAAAACAUCCUAUAUGAUGUGAUUGGAUUAAUUUACAUUUAGCUGUGUAAAAGACAAUCAGCUCAAUUUUUGACUAUUUAUUGUAAAUAGUAACAUUAUUGGUUAUUUUUUGGUUGUUGUUAUUGUUGUGGAAUAUAAAAUAUAUUAUG